UAUAGAAAAUAUGAUACAUAUGUUAUUAUAAUUUAAAUGAACACCCAUGGAACAAAAGCAGCUGUGGGUAAGCUGAUUUAAACCUCUGCAAUAAGAGGUGUGCGAAGCUACUGGCGAGGGUUCGAAUUCCGCCAGUAGCAUUUCCCACAACCUUUAAAUCCUGGAUCCGCCACUUUGUCAUAAUAAUUAAUUAUUUUUCUGUUAUCUUAAGGUGAUAUAUAAUACUCUUAAGGUGAUAUAUAAUACUCUGUAUCAUGCAUCCACUUUUUUUUUUCAAUUAUGAUUAACCCCAAAUGCUAAUUAUGUGAUGGAUGCCAUCAUAAGCCCUUUUUAAUGUACACCAUUCAUUGUGAUUGUCCCUUCAACUUGAAGCCUUUUUUUUUUGGGGGGGUCAAGAAGUUAGUAGUAAUAAGUAAAAUAAUUACACAUUUUGCUGAAUGAUAAAAGCAUGGAGCGUCUAUAUCAUAACAUUUGGUUCUUUGACUAAGAAAGAUAUGAAAAAUAAGAUUUGUGUGAAUGUAUGGUAAUUAUAAUUUGUUAUUUCCACACUCAAUGUAUGCUGCAAUUCACACUAAAUUUGAUUCAUUUACUCUAUUUAAAAAGUCCAUACAGUAAUAGAAAACCAAUUUCAGUAAUACUAAAGUGUUCACAGCAUGGCUUUUACUACUGUUCUUAUUUUUUCACUUCUAUUUGUUUUUGUACCUACAACCCUUUCACAGACAUUCGGUAACUUACCUGCAGGGCCCACGGUGUCGUCGUGUGGGCCACUACUGCUACGAUUGGCUCCCUGUGGACCGUUUGUGCAGGGCGGAUCGCCUUCACCAACCGAGCGGUGUUGCAGUAACCUCAGGCAACUCUAUAUCCAACAACCAGAUUGUCUUUGCCUGUUGCUCAAUCAAACUGGCAUCAGCACUCUUCCAAUAAACACCACUUUAGCACUUCAAUUGCCACUUCUUUGCAGUAUGCAUGUUGACAAUAAUACCUGUUCUGGUUCUGAAGGACUGGCUCCUAGGUCAUCAACACCUCAAGUUUCAUUCGGGACAAAUAACAAUUCAUCUGUUGCUGCUUCACCAAUGGUAACCGUACCACCUCAGACGUCCAGCACUUUUGGAUUUGGCUUUCACAACAGCUCUGCUGCAAACAUCAACGCGAAGGAGAACUUGAUGAUCAUCACAAUGCUAACUUCUUGGGGUGCAUUCUUCUGGCUCUAGCCGCCGUUUCCAUGUUGUUUGUUAACUCAUUAUUUAGACAAGAACUUUAGCUCAGACAUGAUAUUUAGCAAGUAGAAUAUGCUUCAAUACAUGUUAUUGUUCUAUUACAAACUAGUUGGUCCACACAUUUGAAAACUAGUUAUUCCCAGAAUCAUAUGCCAAUUUAAUAGCCCAUAUAUAUAUGCUCAUAUGCCAAUUUAA